GUAGGUUCUUUACUGUGACAUCGUACGCACGUCUCUUAACGAACCAAUUAAUUGCUACUAAAAUGACGAUUUCAGUUCUGUUUAUGAAAAGAACCUAAUUAAAAAAAAAAACAAAAUGCCAAAGUGCACUUAAGAUUUUUAAGGCGCGCGUUCUUUUGUACUUUAUUUGAAUUCGCGCGGGAAUUUCGAUCGUGAAAAUGACAGUUCUGAUAUGUCAGUUGAAAAGGUACAAUAGUGAUGUGAAACAUAUGUUUUUGUUGAUAGUGUUGUUGAUGUUUUUGGACAAUCUGCCGCAGAGGUGUAAAGGGGAUGAAUAUGACAGAGAUGCAAGAAAACUAUUCGGCGGUUACAAGAUAACACCAUCAUAUUGCAAAGCCAACCGAGCAGCGAAAUACAACAGAGGCAAUACAAUAUGUAUGUUCAACCACGAAUGUGUUCAAAGAGGCGGAGAAGUAGUGGGAGCUUGCAUGGAUGGUUUCCUCUUCGGAGCGUGUUGUCAACUGCCACUGGACUCCCAAUCUCACAUCCCAAAAGGUCCAGGAGUUGUCAUGACCAGUUAUUUAGACUAUCCUGAUGCUGAAACAGAAACUGAUGAUUAUGACGGUGAACAGCUAAGCGCUUGGCACAACAGCUUUAAACCUGUCGUAACACCAGGAUAUAAGCCUUCCCACCAACCUUCGUCAUCGACAAUCAAAGCUGAGUUAGACUUGAGCACUGAAAGCCAGAACAUUAUCAACGAAGGUCUCAGUCAAAUCACUAAUACUUUACUCAGUACUCCGCCGAAAGAUAACACAUUUAUUUAUUCUAAACCUGAAGGUGUUUAUACACACAGUUCAAUCAACCAUGCAGUCGCAGAUACUAUACUGUAUCACGAAAAUGGUUCUGUAGUUAAUGAUAUAGCAAGACCUUCUGAUUUUAAUAUACAGAUAUCGUCAAUGCAAACUAAACCCACCGUACCACCGACAACUACAUCGGUGUCUUCACCUUCUAUUAUUGUAUCGACUCACAGACCUAUAUACAAACCUGUGUUCAAACCGAAACCAACAAAAUUGACAACGAAAAAACCUACAACAGAAAGUUAUGUACCAGUUUCAACAGUAACGAAAAAUACUCAAAAAAUGCCUGAGUUAACGUCUGUAGAUAGUAUAAUACAAAUGUUAAAUGGUAGCACUCCAAGUAUGAAAGAUGAUGUCAGUUCUCCUUCUUCUGUAGAUACAAUGGAAACAAAAGCUUCUCCCUCUACAGUAACACCAGUAUCAUACAGCAGUAGUUUCCCCAACUAUUACAUAUCUACAGGACAUUAUGUUACAUUAAAACCAUCUACAUACCAAAGCACGCCGGCUGUUACAAAGUAUUCAACUAAAAAACCUUUAUUAACUAAAAAACCGUAUGGAAGUAUCAAUACUACGCCAAAUAGUAUACCUCAAGAUAUACGACCUAAUAAACCAUAUUAUUCAUCGCCAAAACCGAGUCAAUCAACUAGUCAAGACAUCGACGCGUUUAAUAGAUAUCCCACAAAUCCAGAAGAUUUUGGAGAUUCGGUUACAACGUUUAGUUACGUCAGCUCUACGACAACAUUAAAACCGACUUCUACUACCAGAAAGCCACCUUCUACAAGCUAUGUUACUGGAUCUAAGCCACUAAGACGCCCAGUAACACCACCGAGUAGCUUCGUAUCCAAUUACGAUAAUGUAGAUACAUUCUCUAGUGUAACUCCAACUGUCAUUGUACUCAACGGUCUUAGCACUAAACCUGAAACUGCAUCAGAAGAGACCCAAUUUGUUGAGAUAUCUCAAGAGCCUUAUAAAAAACCAGUCAGUCAAAUCACAGUUAACAAUCAUAUAGAAUCAACAAACAACAUUUUUGUUGGUAAACCACCAACGAAAGAAAAACCGAAACCUGUGACGUCAUUCUCAAAUCCAUCGUCGCCAACAGUUGUAAUUACACCAAAACCUUCUGCAACCACACCUUUUCCAAGCAAAAUAUCCACAAGACCUCUACCAGUAUCAACAAUUGAUCCAAUUUUUGAUUCAUAUACAGACUAUCCAACUUCGACUAUAAAGACCGAAAUGCAAACGUCUUCUGACGACCUUAUAAACUUCCCACCUGUUAGAAAUCCCAUGCUUAACGCUACAGGAUCAAAUCCAAGUGUCUUUAAUACCAGCGUCGCCAUAUCUGACAACGAAUUAGAUAUUUUCCAAGAAAUAGAUUUUACAACACCAGUAUGGCACGAAGACGAUAAACUGAACGACAAAAUGAAUUUGUUCGUUAAUAAAAUUGUUGGUAGCUUACAAGGUACCUUCCAAGAGUUACACGAUAUAGUAAUUCUAGAUAAAAAACCAAACAUUACUCUACCUAAAACGACUACAGCGAAACCACCUAAAAAGACUCUACCGACGAGAAAACCUUUGACGACAACGAAGAAACCUAUUAGACUCACAACUUCAAGGAAACCACCUAAAACAACUAAGAAACCAGUAAAGCUAUCUACGUCUGCUAGACGACCUACCACCACAACCCCUAUACCAACAACAACAACCCCUACUACCACUACCAAAAAACCGAUCACAACUACAAAGAAAACAAAGCCUACAAAGAAAGUGACCACGACGACUAUAACCACUACAAUAACUGAAAUACCGGAAGAAGUAACAACUGAAGGAUAUUCUGAACCUAUUAACUACAAUGAUAAAAAUCUAUGCGGUGUCCGUCCACUGGUCAAGUCGGGAAGGAUAGUCGGUGGCAAGAACGCAAAGCCAGGCGAGUGGCCCUGGCAGGUGUUGGUCAGAGAGUCCACGUGGCUUGGACUGUUCACCAAAAACAAGUGCGGAGGCGUCCUCAUCACCAACCGAUAUGUGACCACUGCUGCUCAUUGCCAACCAGGAUUCUUGGCAUCAUUAGUAACUGUGUUCGGCGAGAACGAUAUAUCCAGUGACGUGGAGUCCCGGAGACCAGUCUCCAAGAAUGUGAGAAGAGUCAUAGUCCACAGGCAGUAUGACGCGGCCACUUUCGAAAAUGACCUCGCAUUGUUGGAACUGGACACGCCUGUACAAUUUGAUGCACAUAUAGUACCAAUCUGCAUGCCGCCUGAUGAAUCAGACUUCACCGGUCGGUUCGCGACAGUGACCGGGUGGGGAAGACUCAAGUAUGGCGGUGGAGUGCCAUCUGUACUGCAGGAGGUUCAGGUUCCUGUGAUAGAAAACAGUGCUUGUCAGGAAAUGUUCCACACGGCAGGACACGCCAAGAAAAUUCUCAACUCAUUUAUCUGUGCUGGAUAUGCGAACGGACAGAAGGACUCUUGUGAAGGUGAUAGUGGUGGUCCGCUGGUGCUCCAACGCGAUGACGGAAGGUGGCAGUUAGUGGGAACAGUGUCCCACGGCAUCAAGUGCGCCGCCCCCUACCUGCCCGGCGUGUACAUGAGGACAACCUUCUACAAGCCUUGGCUGAGAACUAUCACCGGUGUCCACUGAGUUUACAAGAGAGUGUCCAUUGCCAACGUCACUGGGACGUCACAAAGAAACGACAAAAAGCUUAUCUUUUAUACGCAGCAUUAAGCUGAAUCUGAAUGUUGCCAGUGAAAUUAGGGCAAAUGAGGCUAAUGUUUUACGUAGAUGGAAGAACAGUGUAUUCCUAGAAUGUCCUGCGAAGAAUUGCUAUGUUAUAGACAAUGGUUAUCCACUUAACAUCGGCACUAACAUUGACGUUACUUAGCCACCUAAUAAUUAACAUCAAAGAUUUUAUACUAUAGUAGAAAAUCCUUGAAUGACAUCAAAUGAAUAACAACCGAUUUUUUCGUAUUCCGUAAAGCCCAUUUUUAACAAAAUAAACUGGGAAACAUCAUCUACCUACUCUAUGAUACCAACGAAGGGUUGUCAGAGGGUCCGGAUGACAUGUUUUACCUAUAAUUUGUAUUGUGAUCAUUAUCAUCAUUAAAUAACUAGUGGAUACAAAAUUACGUGAAUUAUGAACACGUAAAUUACUAACAAAUCGCUAGUUGGUAAAUUUUGUAUAUGUUCACUAACAUACGUCAAAUUUAGUGAAUUGGCAUGCAGUUGACCCAUCUGCUUGUCUUGUUAACUAAAAAAAGUGACGUCUCAGUGACGAUAUUAUGUCCAUUGUUCGACACAUACAUACGGCAAAGAUUAUGGGAUAAUGAUAUAAUAAUAAACAAAACAGACAAGGCGAUCAGCUCAGAGCGAUUGCGAUAGCACAGCAUGAACUCGAUUUUUUGGAAUACUAUAAUUGACUUGUUUGUAAACGUUAAUCUUUUUCUGUUUAUUUUAUUUACCUAUUUAUCAUACAAUUUUCUAUUUUCUAUCGAAUAUGUACUAGCUUUCUGUAUAAAAUAAAAAUAAAAUGUUAACAAAGUAAUAAACUUCAAAAUUUUAUGUAAGUAUUUCAUAAGUAAUAUUUUAAUAUUACCUACGAAAUGAAACUCAAGAAAUAUUUUCUUGUGUAAAUUAAAAAUAAAAAAUAUUUUUCAGAAAAAAAAAUUAGGUGCGAAUAUUCGGAAUAAAUAUUAGGUUCUAUUAAUAUCCCACCAUCCACAUUAUUAUAUUUUUUCGUAUAAUAAUUAAUUGUUUAUCGACAUUUGUAAAACAAUAUGCGAAAUAUCUACCUUAAGAUAAUUUUAAAAUCAAUAUACAAUAUCAUACAAGAAAAAAGUAAUUAAGACCUGCUCUCUGCCAGUAAAACUAUAAUAAUAAUUAUUAAUAAUAUUAUUUAUCAUCCGUGUAAUUUAAUUGUAUGAAAACAUUUUGGCAUUAUUUAGGAGUAGUUCUUUGUGAGAGUUCUUAUGGGAUAGUAUUACGUUGUAGUUAUUUCCGCAGCCAAGUAAAUGAGUUUUAGUUUUGAUAAUAAUGUUGCUGAAGCACUUGAAGCUUUAUAUCCAAGACUUGGGUCAGAUCUUAUCGAAGUCUUUGGAAAUCGAAAAAGUCUCAAUUAAUAAUUUUACUAGCUAUAAAAUUAUUACUACUACUAGACAUACCUAGGCCUUAUACAAUAGAAUAGAACUUAAUUUACCACAAUGGGGAUGAUGACUAGGUUUGAAUAUAUUGAUUUUUAUGAUACAUUCGGGUAAAUAAGGUCAAUGUUAACUGAGUUAUACAUAAAAAGCAAAGAUUGUCUGGAUAUUUGCAAAAUAAAUAAGAUUAUAAAAUUUCAAAAUCUAUAAAUUUUUUUUAUCGUAAUUAGAUGAAUAUUCAUACAGUUUUAGCUUCCUUACAUUAAAUGUGACGUUUUUCAAUAAAUGAACUAUAAUCAUAAACGCACAAAUAACAAAAUAUUGGUAAUUUUGUUUAAACGCCCUAUACAAAAAUAACGAUCAGCGAGCCAACGACGUCACUAAAUCGUACCAUUUUGUAUGGAGCGUUUUCCAGGGAUCCGCGGCAGCGCCGCAAAUCUGACCCUUUAAAUCCCUGUAGCUCCGAAAGUAAUGAUCGCAGAUACCCCGUUACUUUUACAAACUUGCUUUGCUAUUAGUAUACUCUUAAUUUAUAUACAAUUUAAAAAACUGUCAUCAUCCCUAUUCUCCAGUGCAGUUGGACGGAUAUAAAGAAUAACGUAUGACUCUAUAGCAAUAUUGGCACUUCGUAAAAUUAUUUAAGUAGCAUUGCCGCUAAAAUCGUAACAUGUAAUUUUUAUUGCUACGAAAUAGUAAUAAUAUUUACAAUAUUUUAUUAAAAUAUAAGUGUCAAACUUUAUAAAUAUUGUAAAUUAUAAUUUAUAAAUAUUGUACAUUGGAAUGCAUUUAUUUAUUAAAAAGUAUUAAAUUAAAAUAGUUUGUAGUUACAUUUUAAGUUGUUAUUUAUUUCUAUUUUAGCAUGAAUUUAAAUAAACAGAGUGUUUAAAAAUAAAAAUGAACUCGAGUUCCAAUAAUAUUAAAUGAGUUAAGGCACUUGUUUUUGCUCAACUAUCUAAAUUUUUACCAAUAUUAUUUAUUGCAUAGGUAAUGAUUGCAAUAUUAAAUUACUAUAAUAAUAUUAGGUAAAAGCUCAAUUCAUAAGUAGAGAAUAUUGUAAAAAUAAAUGACUGUUAUGCAUUUAAUAAAUAUUUA